AUGGAUGACCUACCACCGUGCCCACCGCUCAUCUCGGAGAGGCAGUACCUACAGUUUGUGGUGGAUGUCCUUUGUACCCAUUGUGGCGGGGGAGGGCCACAGUUCAGGUUUUAUGAAACGUUCACGCGGGUUUGCUUUAAUUGCUUUGCGAAUGAGGAGUUCAAGAUACAGUCCUGCCUGAUGAAGGGUACGCUUUACCCAGACCUUGCCCUUGAAGAUUACGUCCCGCACAUAUACCUGCCUGCUAGCCUUAAUGGAGAACAUUCCGAUGGCCUGACACUUGUCCCUACGGAAGCACUUAACGAGUUUGCGACGUAUUUCAAUAACAGGCAUACCGAGGCGACGAGGCAGUGGUUCUGUAACUACGUCAGAUCCCGGCAUCCACAUGCUGAAGACUCAGCGCAUCAGGGAGAGAGGAAAGAUUGCAGACCGGAGGAGGCCAUGGAGAAGGGAGAGUAA